GUUUAGCAACCGGAACUUCCUUAUGACAACGAACAUACUUCGCGCUGUUCAGCGUCGAGAAACGGUUGUGUUCUGUGUCACAUAAUAAAAGAUGUCGAAAGUGAUGUCGGUUGGGACGCUUUGAGGUAAACAAAAAAAAUCAGUUUAAUAUUAACCGGUACAAAAGCUCAGCUGUGCAGCUUAAGUUACACAGUCUGUUAACAGCCGCAGCGGGUUUUUCGGCUCACUUCAAAUCGAAUAGUUCAGAAUCGUCGGUUCCUCACGUCACGACAUUUGAUUUGAGACUAGUUGUUGAUUGUUAGUUUUCUGCCAGCCUUUUCUUUUUGGCAAAGUUCAAAAACGAAGGCGUCUACAUGUUAAAUAAAGCCUAAAGGACGCUGUGACGCCUGGCGCUUCAGCAUGAAGGGGCUCAGCUCGCGGUGCGCCUUCUGCGCGGGCUUCCUGCUGGGAACGUGCACGCUCUACAUGUUCCUGCGGCAGCUGCGCGACCCGCACAGUCUACUGGAACUGCCCAGGAGCCCCGAGAACGUGGUCGGCUUGCUGGUGGGACAAGUGCAUGGCGAAGGCGGCAGCGCUCAGCUGGACGCCCAGGACGGUUCUGCACCUAGCAGCCAGCCUGGCCACCACGCUCCAGAGGCAGACAGACAUGUUGCAGAUGAACUGUAUAAGAAGGUUCGUAUUUUCUGCUGGGUGAUGACAGGCCCAAACAACCUACAGCAGAAGGCCCGGCAUGUAAAAGCCACGUGGACUAGGCACUGCAAUGCGGUUGUGUUCAUGAGUUCAGUGGCAGACCCAGACUUCCCCACCGUUGGACUGGGCACGAAAGAGGGCCGUGAUCAGCUGUACUGGAAGACCAUCCGUGCCUUUCACUAUGCCUUAGAGAAGCAUGGUGAUGAGGCAGAUUGGUUCCUCAAAGCAGACGAUGAUACUUAUGUUGUGCUGGAUAAUCUGCGCUGGAUCUUAGCAAACUACACACCGGAGGACCCCAUCUACUUUGGCAAGCGCUUCAAGCCCUAUGCCAAGCAGGGCUACAUGAGUGGAGGCGCAGGCUACGUACUCAGCAAAGAGGCCCUUAAAAGGUUUGUGGAGGGCUUCCGCACCAAGGUAUGUACCCACACCACGUCGGUGGAGGACCUGGCACUGGGGCAAUGCAUGGAGAAGAUGGGAGUCCUGGCUGGGGACUCCCGGGAUACUCUACAACGUGAGACUUUCCAUCCCUUUGUGCCUGAGAGUCAUCUUACUGGCAAGUUCUCUAAAAGCUUCUGGUACUGGAAUUACUGCUACUACCCCAUUGUGGAGGGCCCUCAGUGCUGCUCUGACCUCGCCAUCUCAUUUCACUACGUAGAUGCCAAGCUGAUGUACUUGUUGGAAUACUAUACCUACCACCUGCGUGCCUUUGGGUACAAAUACCGCUAUCAGCCCCCACCUCCCAAGGCUUUGACUAGCCCGGAAAAGGUGGAUGGAAGGUCGAAGGAGGCCGGUGUGGAGACUGAGCCCAAAGGUUCAGAGCAGGCAGAAAAGCUUCCCAAAGGUCCAGAAGCAAGAAGAUAGUGGGACUACAGCUCUUGUCCUAAGUAUGAGGAAUCUUCGUGUGUAGGUAGGACUGCAUCGGUGAAAAUCUGCUACUGGAAAAACAACCAAAUGGAAGGAUAGGAAGGGGGCUGUGUGAUGGGUGUUGCAGGGGGAAGGGGAGGUGCAGCGCUUUGGGACAGUUUUCAGUUGUCAGGCAACCCAACCCAGAGUGACAUGUUUGAAGUACACCAGAGGUUCAGACUGUGUUCUGGGAAAUUCUGUAUGUAUUUUGGUUUUCAUUUUGGUUGAGCUCUUAAUGUAUUAACCUUAAUAGAGUUGAAACGUAAUCCGCCGUCCAAUUUUUGUAUCAACACCUGACAUGUUAAAAUGAGGCCUCCAGGGGUUUUUGUUUUCUUUUGCUAGUUGACAACUGUCUGAAAAGAUAAAAUGUUACAGGUGGAUUGCUGCUGAUUUAGUUUGUCUAAUUGUAAAUUGUUACAGAUUACAUCAUAAAGCUCUAUCAUGUGUAAUGUAGCAGUAACUGGACUUUCUUUCGUUAUGUCAAGACUGCAUAGCUUUAAGAGCUCAUCUGCAUUGAAAACCACCAUACAUGAAAGUACAGCAGCAAAAGGCUAGAAACCACUGAACCGUGCCAAUUUGGAUAUCUACAAUGCUGAACAAAUGCAGGAAAAGCAAGACAUCUGAUGCUUGCUGGAUGUAUCGACUUACAGCAGAGGUUGGUCUUGAGUACAUUUCAGUCUGCAGCUGUGACUGUAUAUCAAUGAACAGAAACCAGUUGCUGUGAGGACUGUAGGGAAACCAGGAUGCCUUCAAAGGGUUCAAAUAUUUUAUGGUGAAUUUACAUUUAACUUUCAUUUGUGGUGGCAUACAAAAAGGAAAAAAUAUCUGGGAUCCA